AUGGCUGAAUCCGCUCCCGCCGUUGUCGCAGCCCCGAAGCAUGAUGUCGAGGCUGCUGUGCCAAAGCAGCGGAAAGCCGCUGCAACAAUACAUUAUCCCUUCUGGUUCGGUGGAAGCGCGGCCUCCAUGGCUGCGGUAGUCACUCAUCCUCUCGACCUGGUCAAGGUCCGCUUGCAAACCCGCUCUCCCUCUGCUCCUAAAUCCACCCUCGGCACCUUCGCCUAUGUUUUCCGCAGUCAAGGCCUAUUGGGUCUGUACGCUGGUCUCUCGGCCGCUCUUCUUCGCCAGAUGACUUACUCGACCGUCCGCUUCGGCGUGUACGAAGACCUAAAGUCCCGGUUCGCACUACAACCUACACCCUCAAACCCUAAGCCACAACAGUCCAUGUUAAAUCUCAUCCUCAUGUCAUCCGCCGCAGGACUUCUGGGUGGAAUAGCCGGAAACCCGGGGGACGUGCUGAACGUGCGAAUGCAAUCCGACGCCUCUAAACCCCCGCACCUGCAACGAAACUACAAACACGCACUCGACGGCCUAAUACGAAUGAUUCGUGAAGAAGGCGCCCUUUCUAUAUUCCGCGGCGUGACCGCAAAUUCUACCAGAGCACUGCUCAUGAACGCCUCGCAGCUGGCGAGCUACGACGUCUUCAAAUCCGCCUGUCUCCACACUUUGGGCAUGGCCGACACUCUCGGCACCCACUUCUGCGCUUCGUUGGCCGCAGGAUUCGUCGCAACCACGAUAUGUUCGCCCGUGGACGUGAUCAAAACGCGCAUCAUGUCCGCGGGGGGGAAGAUGUCGGUCUUUGAAAUUCUCGCGCAAGCCAGUCAGAAGGAAGGUCUCCUGUGGAUGUUCCGCGGCUGGGUCCCCAGCUUCAUGCGGCUCGGACCGCAGACGAUAUGUACGAUGGUCUUCUUCGAGCAACACAAAAAAUGGUAUAGAAGGUUCAAGGGGAUCGAAGAAUGA